UUGAGAACCUGGGAGACCCGGUUUGGCGGCGUUUUCUGAUAUUCCUGAGACUAUCUACGCGAAAACGCCGUCCAUCUCGGCUACCCUGAGACGCAAAACAUGCGCUCCCAAUAUAGCUAGCUGCUAGCUAGCCGCUCUCAUCGGCUACAUUUGCAAACAUACAGAAUGGAAAGCAGCAACGGAAUGGAGGUAGAGGGCUGGGACUCUGGUCUGGAAGAAGAAUUGGGCAUUUCUCUGGAUGAACUGAGGAAGUGGAUCGAGGAUGCCGUGGAGAAGAGCGAGAUUGUGCAAAAGAGAAAGGCUCAGCUGGCUGAGCUGAAGGAAUGGGUGGAGCAGAAGGAGGAGGAGGAGGCGAAGACUGAGUCACUCCUCAACAUUGCCAAGGAAUCUGUGAUGGAAUGUGAAAAGUUAGUGAAGGCAACCUACCGUGAGAAUGGCCUCGUCUACCGCGAGAGCAGUUCGGAAGAUGAGGGAGGAGGAGGAGGGGCGUUAUCCUCGGAGGUCAUUGAGAUAGAUGAUGACGAUGAUGAUGAUGUCAUUGCUGUCGGUUGUUUGGUUCCUCCGAAGAAGCCCACCGCUCCUGUCAAGGAUGCAGUGUUUAAGGAUGCGUCCAUGGCUCUUCAGAAGUCCUCCCAGCAAGUGCAGAAGUUGGUCCAAAUUGUCAAGACCCCCCAUGCUGCUCCACUUCUCAGACCUCCUACACAACCUUCAGCACAGUCAGGUGGUCAGACGCCUUCAGUGCCUUCAGUGUUUGUGUCCCAGGCUCCAGCCCACACUCCAACCCAGCCAAACCCCGCUCUCAAAGAAGAGGAGCUUAGACUAGACAUGACCGUUCUGGGAAAGAAACGCACCAAGACCUGGCACAGAGGCAUCAUUAUAGCCAUCAACCCCGUUGGAAAUGGUACUUACAAGUACAAAGUGAAGUUUGAUAAAGGGAAGAGUCUGCUCUCUGGGAAUCACGUGGCUUUUGAUUAUCACCCCACUCUGGAAAGUCUCUAUGUGGGGGCUCGUGUGGUCGCCAAGUACAAGGAUGGCAACUUGGUGUGGCUCUAUGCUGGCAUAGUAGCAGAGAUGCCCAAUAAUAAGAAUCGGAUGAGGUUCCUGAUCUUCUUUGAUGAUGGUUAUGCCUCUUAUGUGACGCUACCUGAGCUCUAUCCUGUAUGCCGACCACUGAGACGCACCUGGGAGGACAUAGAGGAUGCAUCGUGUCGAGACUUCAUCGAGGAGUACAUCACUGCCUAUCCCAGUAGGCCUAUGGUGCUCUUGAAGGUUGGCCAGAUCAUCAAGACAGAGUGGGAGGGCACCUGGUGGAAAAGCAAAGUGGAGGAAGUGGAUGGAAGCCUGGUCAAGAUCCUCUUCCUGGAUGACAAGAGGAGUGAGUGGAUCUACAGGGGCUCCACCAGGUUGGAGCCUAUGUUUAACCUGAAGAUGACCACUGCCAGCACCCAGGAGAAGAAGCUGGCUGGCCAGCAGAGGACACGGCCUAACAUGGGAGCACUGAGAAGUAAGGGCCCUGUGGUUCAGUACACCAGUGAGGGACAUGUGGGAGCCUCUCCCACCAAAGCACCUCAGCCCGCACCCACCCAGCCUUCACAGUCCCCGCAGCUUCCCCAGCAGCUUCCCCAGCAGCUUCCCCAGCCCCCACAGCCACCACGUGUCGAUAAUAAACAUCAAAUGGCAAAGAAGAGUACUUCUCCAUUUGUCCCAGGAGUUGGAGGAACUCACGCCUCCAAAGUCAUGCAGUCCCUUGCCCCCAGUCCAAGCAACCUCUCUAGCGGAAGAGCAUUUACUCUUCCAACUGGUGCCAGCCCCACUUUCAUACCGUCCCAGAAACCGCUGCCAACUCUGGCUCCUGCCCCCGCUCCACUAAUGCCGUCUAUUGCUAGCGUCCCACAUCAGCCCUCCUACCGCGCACCAACAGACCGCAUCUUCUACCUGGCACACACUUGUCAGCCUGCCUGUCUGAACCGCAUCCGGCCGCUGAAACCAGACAUGCACCGAGGAAAGAACCCCCUCCUCACGCCUCUACUGUAUGACUUCAGACGCAUGACAGGUCGGCGCAAAGUCAACCGCAAGAUGUCCUUCCAUGUGAUCUACAAAGCUCCAUGUGGACUGUGUCUGCGUAACAUGGCGGAGAUCCAGCACUACCUUUUCCAGACACGCUGUGAUUUUAUAUUCCUAGAAAUGUUCUGUCUGGACCCUUAUGUACUAGUGGACCGGCCCUUCCAGCCACAGAGGCCCUUCUAUUACAUUCCAGACAUCACUGGCGGAAAGGAGGAUAUCCCACUCUCUUGUGUUAAUGAGAUCGACAAUACUCCACCCCCCAAAGUAGCCUACAGUAAGGAGCGCAUCCCGGAGGACGGAGUGUUCAUCAACACAAAUCUAGACUUUCUGGUUGGGUGUGACUGCACUGACGGCUGUAGAGACAAAUCCAAGUGCUCGUGCCACCAGCUGACCCUCCAGGCCACAGGAUGUACACCCGGAGGACAGAUCAACCAACAUGCUGGAUAUUUACACAAACGUCUCGAGGAAUGCCUGCCCACAGGGAUCUAUGAGUGCAAUAAGCAGUGCAAAUGCUGUGUUCAGAUGUGCACUAACCGACUGGUGCAGCACGGCCUGCAGGUACGUCUCCAGCUCUUCAAGACCCAGAACAAAGGUUGGGGUAUCCGCUGUCUGGAUGAUGUGGCCAAGGGCUCCUUUGUCUGCAUAUAUGCUGGUAAGAUCUUGACAGACGACUUUGCGGACAAGGAAGGUCUCGAGAUGGGCGAUGAGUACUUUGCUAACCUGGACCACAUAGAGAGCGUAGAGAACUUCAAGGAGGGCUAUGAAAGUGAGGCCCACUGUUCGGACAGUGAAGGGAGUGGGGUGGACGUGUCCAGGAUAAAAAUCCAACCCUCCGCCUUAGUUUCGGGCAACCCUGUAGGACGACCACCCAAAAAGGCUGAUGGUUCCUAUGGCAGGGGCAAAGCCCAAAGCCCUGAGUCGUCCAAGGACAGCAAUGACGAGGAUGACAAGGACUCCAAGAGUGAUGAUGAAAGCGACAGCUCGGACGACACAUUUGUGAAGGACAGUUACUACACUUCCAGUUCUGUUUGGAGGAGUUACACCACACGUGGACAGGCCAAGGGCAACAAAGAGGGGAGUCAAGACAGUAAAGAUGGAUUGAGUGCAUCAGCAGAUGACCAGAAGCCUCCAGCCAUGCCAGAGGAGACAGGGAAGAGCAAAGUGGCUUCCUGGCUUACAAGCCAGGGACUGAAAAAGGACUCUGGUGAAAGCAAGAGUCAAAUUAAGACAGACACGGUGAAGAAGCAAGAAGUGAUGACUCUUUCUGACAGCGACGAUGUUCAGACCAUAAGCUCGGGAUCUGACGACAACAAGGAGAGAGAAAAACUGACGCAGGGUGUAACUAAAAGGCAGGUAGCAGUGAAGUCCACACGUGGCAUCGCCCUCAAAUCCAGCCACAGCCUGAUGGUGAAGACAGGCACACCUGGAGCCGGGGGAGGGCCGGGGGGUCAGGGAGGGAAGGCAGGGCCACAGGGGCAGCCUGGAGGAGGCGGGGACAAUGCUCCCAAAAACACUCGCCAGUUCUUUGAUGGUGAAGAGUCCUGCUACAUCAUCGAUGCCAAGUUGGAGGGCAACCUUGGACGCUACCUCAACCAUAGCUGUAGCCCUAACCUGUUUGUCCAGAAUGUGUUUGUGGACACCCAUGACCUGCGCUUCCCCUGGGUGGCAUUCUUUGCCAGCAAGCGUAUCCGGGCCGGCACUGAGCUGACCUGGGACUACAAUUACGAGGUGGGCAGUGUGGAGGGCAAGGAGCUGCUGUGCUGCUGUGGAUCCACUGAAUGCAGAGGAAGACUACUUUGAUCAACCUAAAUGUACUGAAGUACUGUCGCACUAUGCCAUCUCCUCUCAUUGCUGCUCCAUCAGGAUGCUGCAGAGGAGAGGAGAAAAUAGAGACGUGUUUAACGCUGUUUUUAAUUGUGAAAAAAUACAGUCUUGUCACCUUGUCCUUUCUCUGCUAAGGGCGGAGAUUAUGACAAAACCUUCAUUUGCCACAGCAGUUUCCUUUUUUUUUCUUUUUUUUUUUCAAAUGGUUCCUUGUAGUCUCUAGAGGGAGCCCUUUCAACACUGUAAUCUUUAAGAAAAAAAGAGAAGUACUCCUUUUUUUUUUUUACUUGAAAUGUGAAUUCAUUUCUGUUAUUUUGUUGAGGUUUUUUAUAUAUAUAUAUUCCUGUGUUUCCAUUCAGUGCUCUUACAUCUUAAUAAAAUCUAAUUUUUCCUCCGUGA